CCUCCAAAUUAAUAAUUUAUUUAUUCCAGAACAAAACGAAAAUAAAAAGAUUGAGAUGUUCACGGUUUCUUUUCUGUUAUUUCGGAUUUGCCCCCACGUCAGGCGCUUUAAAUACCCGGUUUCUGUACCCAUUUAGAUCCCGUGCUUUCUAUCGAAAUUCCCAUUCUGUCCCCCUCGUCGUCUUUCAGCUGGGAGUUGUAGACCCUACGGGAAGAGCAAAACAAUGGCUCUCAAAGCCGUCCAUGUCUCUGACGUUCCCAAUCUCGAUCAAGUCCAAGAGAAUGCCGCAUUAGCCUUAUUCCGUUCGUCCUGUCUCUCUGUAGGAGUGAACGGUGAAGGUGAAGAAAUAAAAAAAGGGUACAAUUUGGGGAAAUUCGUGGUGAUGGGACACAGAGGGAGCGGGAUGAACAUGUUGCAGUCAUCAGAUGGAAGAAUGAAAUCAAUCAAGGAGAAUUCAAUUCUUUCAUUCAAUACGGCUGCUCAAUUCCCUAUCGAUUUCAUCGAGUUCGAUGUUCAGGUGACCAAAGAUGACUGUCCAGUCAUUUUCCAUGAUAUCUUCAUCCUUACCGAGGAUAAGGGUGCCAUUGUUGAGAAAAGAACCACUGGGAUUACUCUUGAUGAGUUUCUUUCGUAUGGACCCCAGAAAGAGCCCGGAAAGGUGGGGAAGCCUCUGUUUAGAAAAACAAAAGAUGGGAAACUUUUUGAGUGGAAGGUUCAAAAUGAUGACUACUUAUGCACAUUGGAAGAGGUGUUCCAGAAAGUUGAAUACCCCAUGGGAUUUAAUAUAGAAUUGAAGUUUGAUGAUCAGGUAGUCUACAAGGAGGAAGAACUCACUCGUAUUCUUCAAGCAAUCUUGAAGGUGGUAAAUGAGUAUGCGAAGGACAGACCCAUAAUCUUUUCAAGCUUUCAACCUGAUGCUGCAUUAUCGAUUAGAAAACUUCAGAACACCUACCCUGUGUUCUUCCUUACUAAUGGAGGGUCAGAAAUAUAUACAGACAGUAGAAGGAAUUCAUUGGAUGAAGCUAUUAAAUUGUGCUGUUUAGGUGGUUUGCAAGGAAUUGUCUCAGAAGUCAAAGCCAUAUUAAGAAAUCCAGGAGCAGUCACUAGAAUUAAAGAGUCCAAACUGGCCCUCAUAACCUAUGGCCAAUUAAAUAACGUGCCAGAGGUUGUAUACAUGCAACAUCUAAUGGGUGUCGAAGGAGUCAUCGUUGACCUAGUUAAAGAGAUCACAGAAGCGGUUUCUGAUUACAUCACUACUCCAGCCAAGGACGUCGGAGAAAACAACUUGUUUGAAGAAGAAGAAAAGGACAUGCAAGUUAAGACGAGGCCUCAGUUUUCGCAGCUUGAGCUUUCUUUUCUUCUGAAGCUAAUACCUGAAUUAAUUCGGAAUUAAAGAUGAUCAUCUACAUUAUCAGUACAACAAUCAGUAGCGUAACCCUGAAUAGCAGACCAUAUUUUGUUGUCUUUGUUCAAUUCCAAAAGUGAAAUAUCUCGUGUAUGAAGUAGCAAACCCUUCCUCUAUUGCUGACCUCUCCGCUCUUUCACUGACAAAUGUAGUUCAGUGAUGUAGUUUGUGUC